AUGGCUCUUAAAAGAGAGAAAAAGCGCCGGAUUAGGAAAAAGCCAUUAUCAUUGGAUUUACCUAAUGAAAAGGAAGCAAGCCCGCGAACUAUAGCAACAAAAGAGGAUCAAGCCGCGCAGGAAAACGCUAGAAAAGAUGAUAAAAGACUUCAAAAACAGCUUCUAAAGGAAGGUAGAGAGCAAGAAAAGCAAAAAAGAGAUCAAAUCCGUCAACAAAUACGAGAAGAACGCGCGCAACAGGCUGCUGAAAAACAACGCCAAAAGCUUGAGCAAAAAGCAGUCAAGGAAGCAGAUUUACAGCUUAAAAAAUGCCCUGACUACAGCGAAGCUCCGUACGAACCGAACGAACCCAAAUUCAAAGAAAUUGAAUCCCAAACAGAGUAG